CAGUGUGAGUGUAAUCGUAGUUUUAUUAAUUAUAAUUAUAUUUAAAUUGCGAAAUAUAGAUAUAAAAUCUUAGAUAAUCCUUUAAUAAUUCCCCUUUUGCAUUUCGAAAUGGUUACUAGGUUGCAUUAUAAAUAUGCAUUUUUAAGAGCAUUUUGCUACUGACAAUAGGCAAAUUGUUACGAUCAUUUGUUUGUUUAUUAACUUUUUUAAUUAUCAUGCAAAGCUCAUUGGAGGGCAGAGUAGGCUGUUAAUUUGCAGCUGAAAUGCAAUGGCCGAUAUGGGAUCAGCAAGCUUUUUACAUAUCGGGGACAUUGUCUCCCUCUAUGCAGAAGGAAAUGUGUGUGGCUUUUUAAGUACUUUAGGCCUUGUUGAUGACAGAUGCGUUGUUCAACCAGAUGCUGGAGAUCUCGCAUCUCCACCAAAAAAAUUUCGGGACUGUCUUUUCCGGAUGUGUCCCAUGAGCCGAUACUCUGCUCAGAAACAGUUUUGGAAAGCUGCAAAACAGAGUGCUACAAGUGCCACUGAUGCUGUGUUAUUAAAGAAAUUGCAUCAUGCUGCAGAAUUGGAGAAAAAGCAAAAUGAAUCUGAAAAUAAGAAAUUAGUAGGCACUGUGAUACAAUAUGGUGGUGUAAUGCAGUUGCUACAUUUAAAGAGUAAUAAGUAUCUGACUGUUAACAAAAGGCUACCUGCACUACUAGAAAAGAAUGCUAUGAGAGUUUGCUUGGAUUCUGCUGGUAAUGAAGGGUCUUGGUUCUACAUUGUGCCUUUCUAUAAAUUAAGGUCCACUGGAGAUAAUGUUGUGGUUGGUGACAAAGUAGUCUUGACGCCCGUCAAUGCUGGUCAACCACUGCAUGCUAGUAAUUAUGAACUUCAAGAUAAUCCAGGAUGCAAAGAAGUAAGUAAUAAACAAGUGAAUAUAAUUAAAUAAAAAUAAAGCACAUUUUGAAAAUAUUUUUCACAUGCAAAGCUGCCAUCCUUUCCAUAAGAUUAGGAGACCUUUGAUUUUUCAUCUUAUGUCCUAUUUUUAAAUUUAUCUGAAUUUAGAUCAUCAUUUUCAGAUGUAGUUUUAGUGCCAUUGUUGACCAUUAUAUGUCAGAGG